AUGCAAAUCUUCGUGAAGACAUUGACUGGAAAGACGAUCACUCUUGAAGUGGAGGCUUCGGAUACGAUUGAAAAUGUGAAAGCAAAGAUACAAGACAAAGAGGGCAUUCCGCCAGACCAACAACGCUUGAUUUUUGCCGGUAAGCAGUUAGAAGAUGGACGCACCCUGUCGGACUACAAUAUCCAGAAGGAAUCCACUCUGCAUCUGGUUCUUCGGCUGCGAGGUGGUAUGCAAAUCUUUGUAAAAACUCUUACCGGUAAAACGAUCACAUUGGAAGUGGAAGCAUCUGAUACCAUCGAGAAUGUUAAGGCGAAAAUCCAGGAUAAAGAAGGAAUUCCACCAGAUCAACAGCGAUUAAUCUUUGCCGGAAAACAAUUGGAAGAUGGCCGCACAUUGUCUGACUAUAACAUCCAGAAGGAGUCUACACUCCAUCUAGUACUUCGUCUUCGAGGUGGCAUGCAAAUUUUUGUAAAAACGUUAACAGGCAAGACGAUCACCUUGGAAGUUGAGGCUUCUGACACAAUCGAGAAUGUAAAGGCCAAAAUUCAAGACAAAGAAGGGAUUCCGCCGGAUCAGCAGCGUCUUAUUUUUGCCGGUAAACAGCUAGAAGAUGGACGAACAUUGUCUGAUUAUAACAUCCAAAAAGAGUCGACAUUGCAUUUGGUGCUCCGUCUUCGUGGUGGCAUGCAAAUUUUCGUCAAAACGCUUACUGGCAAAACCAUAACGCUGGAGGUAGAAGCGUCAGAUACGAUCGAGAAUGUAAAGGCCAAGAUCCAGGAUAAAGAGGGUAUCCCUCCUGAUCAGCAACGACUCAUUUUUGCAGGGAAACAACUGGAAGAUGGUCGCACGCUUUCUGAUUAUAACAUCCAGAAGGAAUCUACAUUGCAUCUGGUGCUUCGUUUGCGCGGUGGAAUGCAAAUUUUCGUGAAGACUUUGACGGGUAAAACCAUAACUUUGGAAGUGGAGGCUUCGGAUACCAUCGAAAACGUCAAAGCAAAGAUCCAGGACAAGGAAGGCAUUCCACCAGAUCAACAGCGCCUGAUUUUUGCCGGAAAGCAGCUGGAGGACGGUCGUACGCUGUCGGAUUACAACAUUCAGAAAGAAUCGACGCUGCACCUGGUUCUUCGCCUUCGUGGUGGCUACUGA